GUUGUGAGACUAGACCCAAGCUCUACGGACGAUUUUUAACUUUUCGUCGCACUGUAUUAUUUUUAAUUUCAGUGGUUUACCGUUCAACGUUUCUCGUUCACAGUUAGUGAGACAACAUCAGCAGAGAAGAAGUAGUUUUGCUUACAAAACUGCUGUAUUUGUUUACAACAACUCUGUUAUUAGAAUGGACUUUUCGGUGAAUACAUUAAUUUCGGCCGUGAGAAAACGGCCUCAGCUGUGGGAUGUCGAACACAAAUUGUAUAAAGGGAAGCAGAAUAAAAAGGAAGCCUGGAUUCAAGUGUGCGAGGAAGUAUUUGAGAAUUUCAAGGAAAGACCGAGAGAUGAACAACUGAUCAUUGAGAGGUUACUAAUCACAAAAUGGCGCUCAGUGAGGGAUGGCUAUGUGAGAACACUCAAGAGACAAAACUCAAAAGUAUACUUCUACAGGAAGCAGGUCCAGUUUCUGGACAAAGUUCUACUGGCAAAAGAACCCAAGCCCGAAGAGCCACACACGUUCUGGGAGACCAUCGAGGCGGCAGAAAUUAGUCAAGAAUCUGACAACCAUGAAGUCGCUGCCUCACCUGACUACAAUACUUUGUCAGCAGAUCCACUCCAACUAGGGACAACUGUCGAACUUGGACAAUUGUUGAACAGAAUAACGCAACAAUAAAUGUUGACAGUGUGGUGCUGCAACAACAUUUGUUGUCCCUGACAAAACUCAUGGAGCAGCAGACUGCAUCGGAGUUGGAUGAUAACCUUCUGUUUUUCAAAUCGAUGUUGCCAUCGAUGAAAAGACUGACAACGUCACAACAACUGCAGUUUCGAGUUGAAAUUAUUCAGAGUUUGCAGAGGAUGUUGGAUUCUACUUCUAAGAAGCAAUCUCAUUCGUCUAACAAGAAGUAAAAUAAGUUGAAGCGUCUCUUUUGCAUCCAUAUUGUUGAAAAAACCCCACCAUCAAUCUUAAGACUAUACUUCAAUCUCAAUUAUUGUUAAUGAUUUAUUUAUUAAUUUAUUUAUUAUUUACAAUCAACUUGAGGACAAAGAAACAGACUACGGUCCAAAACUUCUUUCCAUUCCAAUUUCAUAAAAUAGAUUGCCCAAAUAAAGGUUAUGUGCGACUUUC